AUGGUUCUAGCUGGCAAACUUACUACUGAACUUGAUAUCAAAGCACCCGCUGACAAGUUCUUCAAACUAUAUGCAUCAGAACUUCACGAAUUGCCAAAUCAUUGUGAAAAUAUUCAUGAAGCCAAGCUGCAUGAAGGUGAUGACUGGCAUCACACUGAUACGAUUAAACACUGGACAUAUGUCAUAGCUGGUGAAGUACACACAUGUCACGAGAGUAUUGAAGAAGUUGAUGAACAAAACAAAAAAGUAAUUUGGAAGAUUUUUGGUGGAGAUAUUGAUAAGCACUAUAAGGACUUUAAGCUCAUCCUUGAAGUAAGUGAUAAGGCUGAUGGUACUGCUGUUGUUAAAUGGACAGUUGAAUAUGUGAAACUUAGUGAGGAUAUUAAUCCUCCAAAUACUCAAAUGGACUUCUUAUGCAAAAACACUCGAGAUGUUGAUGCUAAUCUUGUCAAGGAAAAGGUAGUUCAAUAA